AUGCCUGCCGAUAUGGACAUCGAUUUCACGCGUCGCAACAAGAAGCCUCGCCCACUGUCCGAGCACGAGAAGGAGAAGUUGGACGAGUUUGUUGACGCGAUCCACUACUCGGCGAGAUACUCGGACGACGAAUUCGAGUACCGCCACGUCCAACUACCCAAGCAGAUGCUGAAGAUCAUUCCCAAAGACUAUUUUGAUGGCGCUAGAGGCACACUGAAGUUGCUGUGGGAGGAGGAAUGGAGAGCACUCGGCAUCACUCAGAGCUUAGGAUGGGAACACUACGAAGUACACGAGCCUGAGCCGCACAUCCUUCUUUUCAAGCGACCGAUCAAUUACCAGCCUCCCAUGCACUAA